AUGUCCAGUUUGGAACAACUGCGGGACCAACUCGUCAAGAAAGAGCCUAUAACUCUUCUGAACGCAGAAAACGAGGACACAAAUGAUAUUUUGGACGCGAAUCAAGUUCUGUUAGGCACUAAAGAUCAGAAUAAUGGACAACUCAAUUUGGACAAGGAAACAGAGUUCCAAGUGGAUGGCGCUUCUAUUCCUUUGCGGGUAGUACUACAUUGCUGGCAGCAUAAAGAUUCGAGCGCAGCCGACUACUUGGCCGAUUGCCAAAUCAAAAAUUUGACUAAUAUUUCGUUUCUGCAAAGAAUGGAUUUGAUUUCUUGGCUUUCCGGCGAAAGCGAGCAUUCCAAAUUCAUCAACAAUGAAGAAAAGCUAUUAGCUGCUAAAGUGGCGGAAAACCUGUCAGGUGAAUCGGCCGUCGGAGUUGCCGAAGAUCCUCUUCUGCAAGAGGCGCUGGCCCACGAGAGGGUUCUUCUCGACCAUAAUUCGUCGCUUAGAGGUUCGAAACCUACCAAUUUUGGGUACCUAAUAAAAGAAGCUGAGUUGAAACUGGUCCACUCUCUCAAAGGCUCUAGCAAGUCGAGAAAAGCUGGAGACCGUGGUGGUGUUUCUAAACCUGACACUGACAAGAGAUCGGUAGCCAAGAAGGAUCCUAUCAUACUAAUCUCAUCGGCUGCAUCUUCGAUUUUCACAGUUUCUAACAUUAAACAGUUCUUGGAAGACUCCAAGUACGUUCAUCCAAGAGAUCUGCCCGGUUCACAGUCCGAUGUCACAACUGUUACUAAGAAACUUGACCGGUUUGCCAAACCAAUCAAAUUCCUGAUCGCCAAUAAUACACGGUUGUUCACUAAGCCAGAAUAUUGGGAUAGAGUUGUGGCAGUUUUUACAACAGGUCACGCUUGGCAGUUCAACAACUACCAAUGGUCUGAUCCAUCCGAGCUUUUUCAGAAAUGCAAGGGCUAUUACUUUUACUUUGCCGGUGAUGUGGUUCCAAAACACGUUGAGCAAUGGAAUGUCCAAAGAGUAGAGCUGGAUAAAAACAAGAGAUUUAGGGACGUGGAAGUUUUACGGUACUUUUGGAACACGAUCGAGAAGGAACUGGCCGGCCGCGGAUACCAAUGA